CUAGUAUAUAAUAUAUAGCAUGUAUAUUUUGGGAUCUAUAUAAAGGUAUCGUUUCAUGAUCUCGGGAAGCCAAUUUACUUAGUGAACACUAAUGUAGCACACUAAGUUAAUAAGAUAAAACAAAACACUCUAAAAAUGUCUCUUCAUCCAUUUACGAUUCCCUUACUGUUGGUCUUUUCAAUAUUGUCACCUUGUUUCAUCUCUCAUACACACUCCAAAGUCGCUCGACUUGGUAUUUCCCCAACAGCGAGACCUACAAAAAAAGUAGAUGCCUCUGGUGAUUCUGAUCUCAAAAUGUUAUACUAUAAUCAGAAUCUCGACCACUUUACAUUCACACCGGAAAGUUACAAGACGUUUCAGCAAAGAUAUGUCAUCGAUUCUAAGCAUUGGGCUGGUGCUAAAGCCAACGCACCAAUCUUGGCCUUUCUUGGAGAGGAAUCUUCGUUAGAGACUGAUUUGGCCAGUGUCGGUUUUUUCAACGAUAACGGUCCUCGUUUAAAAGCCCUCCUCGUCUACAUAGAGCAUAGGUAUUAUGGGAAGAGUAUGCCGUUUGGAUCUGCGAAAGAAUCAUUGAAGAACGCGAGUACGUUGGGGUAUUUGACCGCAGAACAAGCCCUAGCUGACUAUGCAGCAAUUCUCUUGCACGUUAAGGAGAAGUAUUCUGCCAAAAACAGCCCUAUAAUCGUCAUCGGAGCAUCCUACGGUGGAAUGUUAGCGGCAUGGUUCAGGCUAAAAUAUCCACACAUUGCACUUGGCGCAUUAGCUUCUUCAGCUCCUCUUCUCUACUUCGGAGACAAUCGUCCUAAAUAUGGUUAUUAUUAUAUCAUAACCAAGGUUUUCAAGGAAACAAGUGAGAGAUGUUAUAAAACAAUCCGUAAAUCUUGGGAAGAAAUCGACAGUGUUGCUGCUAAAUCCAACGGUCUCUUGAUCCUGAGCAAAAAGUUCAAGACUUGCGCUCCAUUGAGGCGUAGCUUCGAUAUCAAAGACUAUUUGGACACAAUAUACGCGGAAGCAGCUCAAUACAACGGGGAUGGGGGUUAUUGGGUGACCACAUUGUGCAAAGCAAUCAACGAGAACCCACCAAACCGUAAAAAUGAUCUACUUGACCGGAUUUUUGCAGGUGUUGUUGCCUAUAUAGGCAACCGGUCUUGCUAUGAUAUCGAUUUGUUUGCACGGCCCUCAAACGAUAGCAUCGCAUGGAAUUGGCAGGCAUGUAAAUUUUGGGGCUGCAGCGAGAUGGUGUUGGCGGUAGGACAUGACCAACAAGACACAAUGUUCCAAACGGCUCCGUUUAAUAUGACCAGUUUUGUUGACGACUGUAGAUCCCACUAUGGUGUUAUUCCUCGGCCGCAUUGGAUCACGACAUACUUCGGCUUUCAAGACGUGAAGUUAAUUCUCCGAAGAUUUGGGAGCAACAUCAUUUUCUCUAAUGGAUUGUCAGAUCCUUACAGCGUCGGCGGAGUUUUGGAGGAUGUUUCGGAUACUGUAGUGGCCAUCAAAACAGUUAAUGGUACACAUUGUCAAGACAUUAGUUUGAAGAGUAAAGAAGAUCCGGAAUGGCUGGUGAUGCAAAGAAAAAGAGAAAUUCAAAUAAUAGAAUCUUGGAUUUCAACGUACCAAAAAGAUUUAAGAGAUCUUAACAUAUCAAUCUAAGUGUGGGUCAUAAUCUAAGUAUACGAGUCAAUAAUUGGUACUUGUAGUGGUCUUUGAAGAUGGAUUGUGGAAAACUGAAAGCCGAAACCGACACCAAUAUGCUUUGAGCUUUAGAUUGUUCAGGCCCAAAUACAAAGAAAUGUGACUUCAUGCCAAAAUGUCGCAUGCUACAAGAUGGUGGAAAACUCUCGUUCUCGGCAACCAAUUUGAUGUCUAUGCAAAUGGACAUGUAGACUACGUGCUACAAGAAUUUAACGAUUUUCGGCCAAUUACCCAAAUCUCUCAGUUUUUGUAACACCUCGGUCAAGAAUUUAACCUCAACAACGACAAUCAUAUAUUAGUAGCUAUGCAGAAACGAAAUUUAUAUAGAUUUUAUACUGCUCUUUUGAUCUAAAUUUCAUAUGGACCUAAAAC